GUGUUUGUACCUGAUUGUGUACCCCAUCUGUUUAGGGGAAGCUUGGAGUCCCGGGGAUGCCGGGUUCAAAAGGCCUGAAGGGAUUUAAAGGUCGUCUGGGCCACAAGGGGCAGGAUGGCAGUCGUGGAGCCUCGGGACCUGUUGGUGCAAAUGGAGUGAAUGGAGAAGUCGGACCUCCAGGACCUAAAGGAAUGCCUGGAAAAACAGGACCUCCUGGAUUCCAAGGCCCUGUAGGAAAGAGCGGAGAAUCUGGCAGCAGAGGAAUGAAGGGGACGUCGGGACAGCCAGGAAGGAGAGUAUGUUACUGUGCAGCUGUAUGGAGAGCACUCCUGUGUUUGUUGGAAGAAAAUAAUGAAGCCUUGAAAAUUCAACCCAAACAAUGA